GAAUAGGGUUCCAAACUGCUCUAGACCUAGCAUGUAGGGGAUGCAAAGUUAUAAUCGCGGACAAAAAUGUUAGUGACGAUAUUAGAGAAAGAUUGGUCAGUGAAUCUCGGAACCCCCAAAUAUAUCUAGAAUUUGUGGAUUUGGCAUCACUGAACUCUGUGAGGAAAUUAGCUGAACGAUUGAAAGAAUCAGAAGAGAAAGUAGAUAUCCUCAUCAAUAAUGCCGGUGUAGGGAAUAUGGCAGAUAUGUUGACGGAGGACGGUUUGAAUUCCAUUUAUCAGAUAAAUUAUUAUGGCAGUUUCCUCCUAACUCAUUUGUUAGUAGAUUUGUUGAAAAAAUCACCAUCUGGCAGAAUAAUCUUCACAAGUUCAUUACUGUCCUAUUUCAAUAACUUCUUUCCGAAUGAUGUGAAAAAUGGACAGAUAAAGGAGAAGAUGAGGUUCUUCGAUUAUCCGAAUUCCAAAUUGAUGCAAAUAGUGGCAUCUGAUAUUUUUGCCAAGAAACUGAAUAAAUUCAACAUAACUUCAAAUGCUUACCACCCUGGGGUUGUGAAAACACCAAUUGUAUCACAAAUUACCGCAUUCUUGAAGAAACCUUCCAAAAUUUUUCAAUAUUAUUUACUGAAUAUACUCGUAACUCUGUUUGGCAAG